UCAUCACGCUGUUGAUAUUAAUUUGUAAUCUUAGUGUAUACCAACCAAGAAAUCAGUCAGAUAGAUUGAUUCAGAAAGCAUUAGAUAUUUAUUUAGGCGUCUCUGUGAUUAUAUUGCAACUACAUAUUUUGUAGCAGACCGAAGAACUUAUCCGUGAAAAUGUUCUCUAAUUCCGUCGCAAAAUCUAAACUGCGACAAGAAAUUAAACAAAGGUUGAGCUCAAUGACGGUGCAGGAGAGGUCAAGACAAUCUUCCAUUGUAACUGAGAAGGUGUUAUCAUGUCCCGAGUAUAAGCGAAGUGGGAGGGUUUGCCUCUACCUCAGCAUGUCCGAUGAAGUCUCCACUCUCGAUAUCCUUAAGGAUGUAUUUGCUUCCGGAAAGACUUGUUUCGUUCCCAGGUACACAAAAACGGAGAUGGAAAUGUUAAGCCUGUUUUCCUACGAGGAUUAUCUCAACCUUCCUCUGACCAAGUGGAAUAUCAAGCAACCGGAAGCCACCGAGGGGAGGGUGGAAGCUCUCGCGUCAGGAGGAUUGGACUUAAUACUUGUUCCGGGGUUAGCAUUUUCUGCGACUGGACACCGACUUGGUCGUGGGAAAGGAUAUUAUGAUACAUACCUUGCUAAAUGUUUCACAUCUCAACAAAAAACCCCACCCGUUACGAUUGGUCUCGCUUAUCGUGAACAGAUUGUCGACCAUAUUCCAACUGAUGAACAUGACAAACCAAUUGAUAAAGUGUUCUGGGCAGAUUUGUAAAAUCGGGGGUGAAAUUUUCAUAAAAUUUUCUAAAGUGUCGAAAUUUCAGUAAAUAUCUGUGUUACUUAACAUUCCUUCCUGAUAUAAAGUAAACAAAGUUAGGGAUAUUGAAACAUUUUGGCAUAAUGAAAUUCAGUAUAUGUAAAUGAGAACUGUCGUAUUUAUAGGACUAUAAAUACGUUAAAAACUGAAAUGUUUUGUUCAGCUGCAUUCUCUCAAAUUAUAUAUAUAUUUUAUAAUUUAAUUGUUCAAGUUGUACAGUAAUUAUCAUACGUAUAAUAAUAACAAUAUAGUAAUAAAUCGAUACUUAUGUAUAAUGUCUCAUUGAUGUAAUACCUUGUGACAAUUCAUUCAGAUAUGUGUUCUUAUCGAAAUAAAUAAAUAUACC